CGCGACGUGCCAUCGUGCGACUGUCCCGUCCUGUCGUAGUACGCGUCGCGGGUUUUUUCCGCUUUCUCGCAUCUCCGCGUCGUGAUUGUCCGCGUUGCGUUUCGCGCGUGUCGACGCACACCGUCCGCGAUUGAACGGGUGACAGUGCGUCGGCGCGCCUUCUUCGUCGGCUGCAACAGCAUCUCCCGAAGGAAACCGGAGACGUAUUACACCCCGCGCACCCACGUACAUACAGUUGUGUUGCACGGUUGCCCUUGGUGUGUUGCCGCCGCUUGACUCUGGUGCCAGUGCGCUCGACGAGGAGGCAUGAGCAUGGAGUGCGUCCGGUGCGCUUGUCUCAAGUUGUCACAGGCCGUCACCGCAGUCCCGCUCGCAACAAGGUCGCAGCGCAAGCCCGUGGCCGAUGUCGCGAUCGGCGAUGACCGAACGUGCGUGUGAGGUAGCAAGAUGGCGAGGGUGAGCGGCCCCUGCUCACCGAGCGUCGGUAUCGAGUCGAUCCCUCGCAGGAAGAACGCAGGAAGAACAACCACCCGUGGCGGCACUAAGCACGGGCAGCCGGAUGCACUGAGAAUCCCACGCAGGCAGGCAGCAGCAGCAGCCGCAGCAGGCUGGCGUCGUGAAGAGCAAGAAGAGGCGUCGUAAUAAAGGCGACGACGAGAACGCGACGAGCAACGAAUCGCGAAGGACGAUGGACGAGAUACGUGGCUCGUCGUCGGCGCGCCGCCUCUCGCAGAUCCUCGACCCGAUCACGCGGCUCGCCAGCGACUUUGGCUCCAGCUCGGCGCCGUGCAGCCCGCGGCUGGGUACACGCGUGCACGAUGCGAGUGGUGUACCCGUCACCGUCGGCCAGCAGUCGGGCCCGGUCGUCGUCGUCAGCUCGGCCGGAGUCCUGCCGUCAUCCCGAACGGGUCCGAGCGGUGUCGCGGCGUCCGGCAGCGGCGGCGGCGGCUCCAGUUCCGGGCCCGACAGUCCACGACUGUGGCCGCGACAGUUUCGACAAGCUCCCACGCCACCACCACGACCUAGACACGCCACUGCCGCAGCCGCCACCACCGCUGUCAGCACCGUCAGCGUCUCCACGAGUACCUCCAUUAACAUCAAUAAUAACAACAACAACAAUAUGGGAAGUGGCGCGGAUAGUAGCGCGUCGCUAUCGCACCCGGUUACGGUCACGCCAGUGCACGCGAGGGACUCGCCGUACGUUAACGUGCCGAAUCUAUUCUUCCACAAGGACAAGAGCUUCACCGAGAGCGCCAGGAGUGCCGGUUACAUCGAGCUACGCGAAAAGCCCAAGUGCAGUCCUUACGACUUCACGUCCGAGUCGAGUGGUCACGUGGAAUAUGCGGACAACAGGACGUACGUUAGCCCCGUGCCAUCGGAUCUUUACGAGGUGGGACAAGACUCCGGCGAUGGUCCCCUCUGCAGAGGUAGAUCAAAUUUCGAGCCGGGGUCGUCCAGCGGUAGUCGAGGUCACUUUGAUCGGGCGUUUUCGUUAUCCGGCAGGCAACCGCCGGAGCAAGCGGCUACCCCGCGAUUAUAUGAAACGAGUAGACUGUACGUCGAUCCGAGAACCGCCGCGGGUGGCGUCGACCUGAAGAGAGAGAAGCUGGACGUCAGGCCUGCUUACGGUAGCUCCAAGAGCUUCGACGGGUACACGACGACGGUGGAGGAGCUGAAAUGGCAGGAGCGAUGUCUGGAGCUACAGUUGGAGCUGCACAGGAGCAGGAGUCAGGCAACCAGAGUCAGGGACAUGCUCCGAGAGAAGCUCUCCGAACUCGAGCAGCGGGUAUUGGAAGCGGAGGGCAGGGCGGAUGAAGCAGAAGAUAAGGUACGGAUGAUGGAGGAGCGGCUGGUGAAGGGUGAAUACUGCCUGAGCACAUCCGGCGUUGGUUCUCCACCGCAUUCGCUACCGUCGACCUCCGGUACGCAAAAUGACAAACCUGACGAUGUCCAUUGUGCCUGCAUUUCGAAGUUAGAGACUCAAGUGGAGGAACAGAGGCAAUUACGGCUGCACGACGCCAGGCAGGUAGAAGCGAAAGCAGCGAGAAUAAAGGAAUGGGUCACUAAUAAGUUGAGGGAACUGGAACAACAGAAUCAACACCUGAGAGAACAAAACAACAAGUGCAACCAGCAGCUGGAAUUGCUACGCAAUCAUAUAACCAACAUCGGGCUCAAACCAUCUGCGCCGACGAGGGCAUCACUAUCUUUGGAAGUGGAUCCUUCCUUGCGCAUCGAUCGUAGACGAUCGGAGAGCCUGGAGGGUACUCCGCAGGCGGUGCCGGAGUGCGUGCAGAACGUCGUGGCGGAGCCGCAAACGAGCACGAAACACCGGAGACAUUUGUCCGCUUGCGGCACCAUUCACCGGGGAAUCGCACCCACCAACAUGGAUUCGAGUCUACUGUCCGAGGAAUUAGCCGCGGCGGUAGAGAACCUGGUGAUGCUGCCGAAUAUAUCCGGCGUCUCGGAAGCGAGCAGAGACAGCGGAAGCUCGGAAGCAGUACAUGACUACGCCGAGAUAUAUACGCCUAGCAGAGAGGGCAUGAAUUGGCUCCAAGGAGGCGGGCAAGCCCCGCGUCCGCCGACUCCGCCGUUGCACAGAUUUCCCAGUUGGGAGGCGAAAAUAUAUCAGGUAGCGGAUGGUGGCCUCGGUAUCGGUCCACCAACUAAUGAGGAAUCCGCGCCUUCCACGAUGACAAACACGAGUUCGUCGAAGCAUUCCCAGGCGACGGGGCACAACCUGACAGCGCAUAACUCUCAAGGCUAUUGCGAUAUUUCCGUUCCGGUAUAUGCCACGGUGAAAGGACGAGCCAGCCAAAUCAGAUCCAUGCCUUUUGGUGAUAGUUCCGACGACAGUUCGGAUGGCGAAGAACAUCCGAAUCAAACCGAAACAAACACCAGAAUCACUAAUAGCUCGUCCGACAAUACAGAUUCCUCUCUUGGCAGUGGAAGCAGUCCUUCGAAAAGUAUCAAAACCACCAGCAGUCUUAGCCCCGCAAAAAGAAGCUCUAGCGGUUCUCCUAGUAAAAGCGUAAAACGUGAUACAUCUUUAGAAUCAGGUUUGUCCGAGGAUUAUGCCAUACCUCCCGACGCACUCAGCUCAACAUCUCUGGAAUCCAGCAUGCCUAGCCUCCUGAUGCGCGUUUCCGGCGAAAGCCCGAAGAGGCAAGAAUCGCUGGAGAAGACGGGUCAUCUGGCAAAACUAGGUGGCAAGUUAAAAACUUGGCGGAAGAGAUGGUUUGUGUUGAAAAAUGGUGUGUUGACUUACUGGAAGAGCCAAAAUGACGUAAAUCGUAAACCUCAAGGCCAGAUAAUCUUGGACGAAGUGUGCAGGAUCAAUAGAGCCGAAGGUGCGGCCACUUUUGAAAUAGCUACUGGUAAAAAGACGUAUUACUUAACGGCGGAUUGCAUCGCUACAAUGGAAGACUGGAUAAAGGUGCUGCAGAAUGUGCAGAGGCGAAAUGCAACGAAGCUCUUGCUCAGCAAGGAAGACAACAAGCCGACGAUACAGGGCUGGUUGACGAAAGUGAAGAACGGCCAUGCGAAGAAGUGUUGGUGCGUGCUCAUCGGCAAGAUGUUCCUGUACUUUAAGUGCCCCAGUGAUACAAAUCCCGUCGGCCAAAUCAACAUGAGAGACGCUCGUGUGGAGGAAGUAGAGCACGUGUCAGACAGCGAUAGCGAGGAGAGAGAUGCUGAGGGCCCGCACGAAAGGACGAUCGGCAUCUUCCCGACACACCAAGGCCCUACGUAUCUGCUGAUGCCGCAUAAACAGGACAAAGACAACUGGCUCUACCAUUUGACAGUGGUAUCUGGUGGCGGACCGAGCGCGGGCACGCAGUAUGAACAGUUGGUGCAGAGGCUAAUGGAAACCGACGGUGAUGCCAACUGCGUACUGUGGCGACACCCGCUGCUGCUUCACACAAAGGAGAACAUCACUAGCCCGCUGACCAGCCUGACCUCCGAAUAUCUGCAGAUCGAGGCCAUAAAGCUCUUCAAGUCUUGUCAGCUGUAUACGUCGGUGGCAGUAGAGCAAGCAGGUAUCGACUACCACGUGGUUCUAGCGCAAAACGCGCUGCAGCAAUGCCUAGACCACCCUGAACUUCAGAGUGAAUGCAUAUGCGCAUUGGUAAAGCAGACAAGUCGUCACACGCAACACCGUUUGGGCGUACAGGUAAAAAAGGCCGCCAGACUUGUGUCACUGGGUACUGCGCGCGUUCAGCUCCUCCUCUGCGCCACGCAAUCGCUCUUCACCUGCGAUACGCAAAGUCCCGCGGCAAAUGGCAGCGGUGAAAAUGCGGACGCGCAAUCAACGGCCUCGACUUCUCACAGUCCUCCGCUCACGCAGGGCCACUCGACCUCCACUAUCUUGGACUGCAAAAGUAAUCCCGCGCAGUUCGUGCUCAUCCAGGGAUGGCAGCUCCUGGCACUCGCUGUUUCCCUCUUCCUGCCCAAGAACAAUCGGCUACUGUGGUACCUGAAACUGCAUCUGCAAAGAAACGCCGACAGCAAAACGGAAUGCGGUAAAUAUGCGGCUUACUGUGAGAGAGCGUUGGAGAGAACUUUGCAAAACGGCGGGAGAGAGAUGAAACCCUCGAGAAUGGAAGUAUUAUCGAUAUUGAUGAAGAAUCCAUAUCAUCAUUCUCUGCCGCAUGCCAUACCGGUCCACCUUCUCAACGGCACGUAUCAGGUCGUAAGUUUCGAUGGAAGUACCACGAUAGAGGAGUUCUUGAAUACUCUGAAUCAAGAGAUCGGCUGCAGAGACGUUCAUCAGUCUGGCUUCACACUGUUCAGCGACGACCCGAUUGAAAAGGAUCUCGAGCAUUUUAUCGAUCUGCAAGCGAAGUUAUGCGACAUUAUUUCAAAGUGGGAGACCGCGUUACGACAGAAAGGUUCAGGGAAGUUUGAAAAUACCAGGGUAAUACAAUUGACGUACAAAUCGCGUUGCUACUGGCGGCAAGCUGCUAAAAUGGAAACGGACAAGGAGAGGCUCCUGCUGUGUUAUCAGGUGAACCAACAAGUCGUGCAAGGAAAGUUCCCGCUGAAUCGUGAACUCGCCUUCGAACUGGCAUCAUUGAUGGCGCAGAUCGACUUUGGAGAGUACAACAACGAUAAAGCACGUGGCAGUGGCCCCGGAAGCAAUCCACAUCAUCUCGUACUUCAAGCUUUGGAUAAAUUCUAUCCGCUACGCUAUCGGACCAACAUUACCGCCGAUCAAUUGAGAGAAUUACAGGAAAAGCUGCAGGAGAAGUGGAUCGCUCUGAAAGGUCGUAGCAUGUUGGAUUGCGUUCGCAUAUAUCUUACGUGCACCAGGAAGUGGCCUUUCUUUGGAGCUACCUUGUAUCAAGCGAGACUAAAACAACCCGAUCCCGUGACCAUUUGGAUAGCGGUUUCCGAGGACAGUGUAACGUUGCUGGAAUUACAAACAAUGGCGAUCAUGUGCCGUUACAAUUACGCGAACAUAGUGACAUUCGGCGGCUGCCUAGACGAUUUUAUGCUCGUUGCCUGUCCAGACGAGGGUGCUGCUGAACAGAAGCUACUAUUCGCACUUUCUAAACCUAAAAUUUUGGAAAUAACGUUGCUGAUCGCUGACUAUAUGAACGCGCUGGGCCACGCGUUACCGGGCACUCCGCAAAUGAAUACUCUCACGCGUAACGGAUCGCACCGGUCCAUCAAAUCCACCUUGAGACCUGCGACUGGUUCAAGCUGUCUUCCAACUCAACCUGAUAUACUGAAGUCGACGCCGGAUCACCAAAGACCUUAGUAGAAAGGCUGGCCGCGUUAGUUUUCUGGAGAAAGAUAUCGGCAUACGCGCUUUCUCAGAUCACGCGCGCAAAGUUCUGAUUACGAUGCGUAUAUUUUUUUUCCCGUCGUUCGUAUUGUAUAAAAGCAGCGUAUAAAAGUGCAGUAUUAGUAUCGUACGCUACGACCGGCGCGGCGCGUCCUUUCUCAUUCAUUUUGUAAAGCGCGCGGGAGGGUCGUAGUCGCGAAUCACACUUACGUUUUUAACGUCGUGUAUGCAUGUAAAUUAGUAUCGACGCUUGUAAGACCAUAAUCUAUGUAAAUACUUAAGGAAGCGCGCAAGCUUCUUUCUCAAUCACGAAGGAUUGCGUGUGCAGGUGGCUUAAGAAAAAAAAGUGACUGAAAUCGCAAAACCGAAGCGAAUCGAUCUGUAACACUGCCUAAUUAGUACGUGCGAUUACACAUCGAAUAGUUUCAUCCCGCGGCUAAGUGUAACGCGCUGACACACUUUUGCUACCGUAUUUAUACCGAUUUCAACGGAAGAAAAACAAAGCGCGGUACGAGGUAUCGCGUAACAGUGACAUAGUAUUGUAUAUACUUUAAUCGGAGUUACUAAAUGUUUAGGAAUAUGUGACGCAGCGAUACGUUUCUUUCUAAUUUUAUCGAAUAACAUUGUUACGACCUACGCGUAUCGACUGCAAACAAAGUGUGUAGCAAUCAUGGAAAGCAUACAUGAGUGUCAUAAUCGCUAUAAUCAUGUAAUCAAUAACGCAACUGUUUUCAAACUCCAUUCGAAAAUUUUAGUUGCGCUGCUGCUUUUGUCGAAAUUUAUUAUGUUCAUCAUUUGAAACGAAUCUAGUUUAUUACAGAUUCUAAUUUAAUUGAAGUUAGCAUUGAAUUUGAGAGUUUAAAAAGUUUAGAUAUAUAUAUAUCAGUUGGAACUGAGAAUUUAAAUUUCAUCGAAAUGAUAUAUUUGUAGUAAAAUGAUGAAUUCAAUUAUAUAUCAGCUUGAAUUAUGAAUUUCUUUCUAAUGAGAAUCUCCAGUUCUCCAAGAAUUUUUAUAAAUCUAUUCGAAAUUACAUAUACGUGUGGUUUAACAAUUUAAAACGUUACACGAGACUUUCGAUUUUGAUACGAUCGAGGAAGAAAUGAUAAUUUAAUAAAUAAGGUAGCAAAUAGAGAGAGAAUUUUGUUUUAACCAUUAUACAUUAAGGGAUGAUAAAUGAAUCUAGUAAACGGAACUACUUUACAUUCCGUUUAUACUCACAGAGAGAGACUGACUACUUUCUUCUCUUCUUAUCCUCGUACAUCUGUUUCUUUGCUUCUUAUGAGGCUACUUUCGCAGGAUCGAUCAGCAAAUAAAAUAAAAGGAACUGCAUACCGUUGCAUCAACUUCGACAACAGCUAGUCUCAUAUCCGAUAUCUUUAUUUAUUUAAGCCGUAAAUGACUGCGUUUACUUUUCUCGUACAAGGACACGACCAAAUAGAUGUAAUAUCGGAGGAACGUAAUUUAUUAUUUAAUAAUUAGCGACCGCGCUUCCUGCGCGUAAUACGUGUGCAACACUGUGUGUGUAUUAAAACGUACGUGAUAACGGUGUUAUAGCGUUAUCUAUAUAUAAAUAUAGGAGAGGAAAAAAAAAGGAAAGAAGUUUUGUACUCACGUUCGACGUGUCCUACGUAACUAGCAAACGUCUUCCUUCUAGCGAUUACGAAUUACAAGCGGGGCUGCAAAGUAGGGCUUUCGUGCAAUACGUACAAGACUUCUGCGUUUUGUAAUUCCCGAGACUACACCCCUAGGUUGUACGCCCGUCCGGACCGAGUGGAAACGGGCUUCUUCGGGGUUCGGAGGACGUCUGCGAGGCACUCGAUUCAAGGACGUCUCGGGGACGGGGAUUUUUCAGACGUCUCUACGACUUUUACGUUGCACUCACACCGUUGUCUGGGAAUGUCGACACACUAAAAACUCGCGCAUAUCCCGACUUCAUUCGAACGGCAGAUCGUGAACGUUUGUACGGAUAACUCGAACCUCAGACUACUGAGAGCAGUACAAAGAUAUGCAAGAAAACGACAUUUUGUCCUUAAUUUUUUAUAUGAUAUACGCAAUAUCCGAGUGCUAUUGCAUGGGCGAUUAGCGCCCGUGUGUCAUGAUAUGUGUAGUUGGAGGAAUCGUAACACGCGUAAAACAUUUAUUCAUUCGUUCGUGUAAAUACCGUGUAAUGAGAGAGCGGAAGAUUUGCGUUUCUAAAGGAUCAGUAGAAUCAAAAUAGGCAGCUAGCAAUUCUCAUAGAAUCGAGCUCUAUCUGGAUCUUCAUUCUAUCGAGCCUAUAUCAUCUUUACAUUUGUAUUUAUUAUUUAUUCGUAUGGGAAAAGUACGAGCGAGACGACGAGUGGAUAAAAAUUGUGUACUAUUGUACAGGAAGAACAAAUAAACUGCACAUUAAUACGAA